AUGACAAUAUCUACUUUCGAUCACGUGUCCGCGGGGCGACUUAGACGGAUUGCGCGUCAUCUCGCCUUCCCAAAUUUUUCCCUUCUGCUGCAGCUCGUAUCCAAAACAUCUAUCUAUAGUACGGAGUACGAGAGAGAGAAAGAUGUUUAACUCGGUGAAUCUGGGCAACUUCUGCUCCCAGACGCGCAAAGACCGGACAUCCGAGUUUGGGGACAGGACGGGCUGCGCGUCCAACAUCUACCUCCCCAGCUGCACCUACUACGUCCCCGAGUUUUCUGCCGUCUCUUCGUUUCUUCCACAGGCCCCGUCCCGGCAAAUCAGCUACCCUUAUUCCACAAAUCUGUCUCAAGUACCGCCGGUACGGGAAGUUUCAUACGGCUUGGACCCUGCCAGUAAAUGGCACCACAGAAGCAAUUAUGCAUCGUGCUACUCGGGAGAGGAUCUGGUGCAUAGGGACUGUCUUCCACCAUCCACCAUGACAGAAAUGCUUAUGAAGAACGAGAGCGUGUACAGCCACCACCAUCACCAUCACACCCAUCCGGGCUCCAAUCACCCCUCCACAGGUUUUUACUCCGGCGUGGGGAAAAACAACGUCCUCCCCCAAGGUUUCGACCGCUUUUUUGAGACCGCAUACUGCAGCAGCACGGACAAUCAGUCAGACAAUUGUUUACAAAAGGGCGACGGGGGAAAGCUGGAAAGCGACUCCCAGCAGCAGCAGCAGCAACAACAGCAGCAGCAACAACAACGGCAGCAGCCCACAGCCUCCGUACCCGGAGCCCCGGAGCAGGAAAAAGACCCAGAAGAUGAGGAGGAACACACAAAUUCAGGCUCAUGUACUUCUUCCUCCGCAGCAACCAAGGACGGCAACGCCAGCAAGAGCAGCCACUCGAGCACUCCUCGCACGAGGAAGAAGAGGUGUCCAUACUCCAAGUUUCAGAUUCGAGAGCUGGAGCGGGAGUUCUUCUUUAACGUUUACAUCAACAAAGAGAAGAGGCUUCAGCUUUCCCGAAUGUUGAACCUCACCGACCGCCAGGUUAAAAUUUGGUUUCAGAAUAGAAGAAUGAAAGAGAAGAAGCUGAGCAGAGAUCGCCUUCAGUACUUCUCUGGAAACCCCCUGUUGUGA